GCACGUGCGACUAAACAAUAAAGGAAAAUGGCUAGCGACGACUGCCAACAGACCUUGGUCACAGCGUGCUGUGCAUGAUGACGACAUCACUACAUUACUAUAACAACACACUUAUUCCCAAGAGACGAAAGCGCGAUAAAGACCACGAUAUUUUUCACUACUAAAUCUCAGCGAGCUGUGCGUGGCGUAACCGACUAAGACAGGCCUGGGAUCCUGGUUAUUGCCUCCCCAUUAAUGCGCAGCUGGGUGCAAGGAUGCUGUUGACUCCAACUGGUGCCGUCACUACAGCGGUCAGGGCUACUGCUUAAAGUGGCCGGACUACAUGAAAGCCCACUGCAAGAAGACCUGCAACAUGUGCCCAUCUCUUGGAAUUUGUAAAGAUGACAAGGUUAUUUGUGCAUCAUGGGCCGCUCAAGGGGAGUGCUCAAGAAACAAGAAAUUCAUGUCCACCCACUGCCAAGUCAGCUGUGAACUUUGCAGCCAAUGGAGCACGGCGGUGUGUGAAGACUCAAACAGAUACUGCACCAAGUGGAGCAGGGCGGGGUACUGCCAGAGUAUCCCUUCGUACAUGAAGCACUAUUGCGCCAAGAGCUGCAGAUCCUGUGGAGGUGGGGGAGCGUCGGUUUCUUUACCUCCGCCAGGCCCAGUCAUCUCAUCGCCACCUGACUUUGCGGUGGACGCAUUGAAUCGCCAUAACUUUUACCGCCGAAUACACAACGCACCGGCAAUGACGCUUGACGCAGACCUUUCCAAGGCCGCGACGGCCUGGGCCGAGAAGAUGGCAAAACUAGGGCGCUUGAAGUCAUCCACGAUGUCCGAGAGAGACUGGAAAGGCGAAAAUCUGGGCAUUCGAUGCGAUAGCACACAGGGUGACGGGUCAAGAGUGGUGGACUGCUGGUAUAAAUCAGUGUGCAAGUACGACUUCACUGAAGGUAGUAUGUCCACCUUCUCUCAAGUCGUGUGGAAGACGAGCACUAGGCUGGGCGUAGGGAGGGCCAAGGGAGUCUGGAUGAACUAUCAAUGCACUUUUUGGGUAGGGCGCUACUAUCACCAUGGCAACGAAAUCGGAGCAUACCAGCAGAAUGUGUCCAAAGGCAGCUUUGACAAAAAGAAAUUCUGCAAGAAGUGAUGUAGACUAUAAGGUCAUACAAUAAAAAUAAGAUACUACUGUC